GUUACCCAUAAUUUGAAAACACGUCUUUGUUGUUAAAUGAUGAGGAUGUCAAUACUUAAUAACAGCAUGAAUCAUCUAUCUUUUAGUUUUUUUGUUGAAGGAUGACCUUGAGUUAUUGAUAUUUGUGCAAUGAGAUAACUUGUUAUGAACUGGCGCUAUAUAAAUAAAAUUGAAUUGAAUUUGUUUACCCAAAGUGCAUAUAUAAAGUUCUGAAAAUUAGUUGUAUUUUGUGAGUGAAUUAAUUUGAAACCAUGACUCAAACAAUUUUCAUUUUACCAAAGCAACCUUGACUUGUCUCUCUGACUUACUAGCUGCCCUCUUAAAGGUCUGCCCAUCCUGUAGACUGUCACCCAGAGCAGCCAUCUGAAAGACCAGCUUAACUUUAUGUUGAGAGCCUUGACUGAAGUCUCAAAUUAGACUGGACUGCAUGGAGCCUUGGGUUGGGCAGUGAAAGUGACUCACUGGCUAAAAAGGCAGAGGGAGAGAGUCAGAGUGGGUAUGCAGGGGAGUGGGAGCGCCGUCUCGUGGUGAUCAGUCAGGCCACUUCCAGAGCUGGAUUUAUGGCACGCAGCUGUUGAGUGGCUGACAGACGUGUGAGGAGCUCAAGCGCUGCUGCUUCUCAAGCUGCUCGUACCAGCUCAAGCUCUGCUUACUGUUGCGUAGGAAAGAGGACUGCUGAGCCUCAACACACAAAGCAAGCAGAUGGUGCGGGAGCAGUAUGUCACCACCACCGAGGGCAGCAGCGUGCCCAGGCCAGUGCCCGACCACGUCUACAAAAUCGGCAUCUAUGGCUGGAGGAAGCGCUGCCUCUACCUGUUCAUCCUGCUCCUCAUCAUCAUCCUGGUGGUCAACUUCGCCCUCACCAUCUGGAUCCUCAGGGUGAUGUGGUUCAACACGGAAGGGAUGGGACACCUACAAGUACAGUCAGAUGGGGUCAAACUGGAAGAGGGCGAGUCGGAAUUUCUUUUUCCCGUCUAUGCUGAGGAGAUACACUCCAGAGACGACUCUUCACUUCUAGUGCACUCUUCGGAAAAUGUUUCCCUUCAUGCCCGCAAUGAAAAUGGUGAUGUCACAGGGAGGAUAUCUGUGGCUCCAAAAGAAGCUCAGGGACACGCUCGAAAUCUGCUCAUUAACUCCCAAAAUGACAACAUGCUGUUCACUGCAGAUGGCAACCAGGCUGUGAUUGGACCAGACAAACUACGAGUCACAGGUCCUGAAGGAGCGUUCUUCCAGCACUCAGUGGAGGUGCCCCUGCUGAAAUCUGAACUUUUCAAAGACCUGAGGUUGGAGUCUCCUACUCGCUCUCUCAGUAUGGACGCGCCAAAAGGAGUUCAUAUCAAAGCACUGGCUGGCAACAUUGAAGUGGCUUCCAACAUGGAUGUUAUUCUGCAGUCGAGUAUAGGACUGCUGGUGCUGGAUGCUGAGACGGUGCGCAUGCCGAGCCUGCCCGUGAGCAAGGGAGGGGUUUCUGGAAAUGCUCAGGGUCUUUAUGAAGUCUGUGUCUGUCCCAGCGGCAAGCUCUUCCUGUCCAAGGCUGGGGUCACCUCCACUUGCAGCGAGAAUCAGGAGUGCUAGAAAGACUCUGACGAGGUAAUCGAUUUUUCAUCUCUCAGUAGAUGCAUCUUCUGGGAGGCAACAAGCACAACUGUUUUAUAUCUGGCCUGAGUUUUUUUUAAAUCUUUAUACCACAGUGGAUCUAUUAUGAUCUUAGUGCUAAGAUCCUACUGGCACAUCAAGGCCUGUAAAAAUACAAAUGCCUGCUGGCGUACAUGUUGGAGAUGCAUCCCUUUAGUUGCAUUUAUGACCUUCCAACCAUUCAGCUGAAAGAAAAUUGGCACUCAGUUCCAAAUUUAUCUGCAUCAGAGCUUUGUGGAGAAUUUUUUACACACACAGUAUCAUGGCUGGGCAAUGAGGAGCUGCUAACAGCUUACAUCCUAUGCAAUAUUAUCUUUUGGUGCAAUAAAUGAAAUUGACACAUAUCAAGGGCUUGGAAUAAUAAAAAAAAAAUCUCAAAUGCCAACAUUAUUAUUAUUAUUAUUAUUAUUAUUAUUAUUAUUGAAAAUAUUUAUUUUGGUUUACUUAUGCCCUUCUGGCUCCAAGCCCUUGGUAUGUAGUUUUUUUGUCUUGAUGUUUAGCAUGUUUUUAUUUCAUUGGGGGAAAGAUUUGAGAAAUGCUGGUGUAUAUUUUGUCAUUGUCAUAGUCACUUCAGAGAUGGAUUUAAUUAUUUAAAAAAAAAAUCAAAUUCAGAUAAAACACUAGACAACAGCCUUGUUGUUUUGUUUCAACUGCUUUUUAGGGUUGAGAUUAAAAUACAAUGUCCAUAUGGUACCAUAAAGUGUUACUAGUGUGGUAUUGCGUGUGUAACUGUUUUUUUCAGUUUAUAGGAUUAUGUUUGGUCUGUGUUAUUUUUAAGCCCUGCAUAAGCAUGUAAUUAUGCAUUAGCUACAAGUCUGUGUUUGUUCAAUAUCCUCAUUUACAGCCAAGGGUCUAUGACUAACAAAACAUUACCUUUGACCACAGCAACAGGCAAGCAAAAACAAAACAUUUAUACUAAAGGUACUGUAGUUCUGGGUAGUUUAUCAUUCUGAGUGGAAAAAUUGUGGGAUUAUUUUUUCAGUUUUGCUUUUGCCUUUUGGGUUAAAUAUGCUUUGAUUUUAUUUUAUUUGUACACCGUAUGCAUGACAAGUAUGUGACAACAUUUGCCUCUGUUGUAAGAUUAAGGUUCUCGGUUCACUACGUCCAAAAGGGCAAUAUUUUGUAAUGAUAGUUACAUUGAGUUUAGCAUCAAUUUAUCUGCAAGACUGUUUUUAGCAUAAUUAACAUCUCAUGGCCUUGUGUUAUCAUUGUCAGUGUUGAUAAGUGAUUGAAUUUGCAGUCUUUCUCACCUAUAUUCUGGCAUAUUUUGAUAAAGCGUGUAAUGUGUAUUUAUUAAUUUUGUAUAUUGAAUAAACUUUGUGCUAUUCUUCUA